UUCCAGUGUAAGCAGAUGAAAGCCAGCCACCCCCUGUCUCCUCAUGGGUGGAGUGAUUUGGUCACGGAGAGGAGCGGGAGACUGAAGCCUCACACUCAUGCAUUGAUACUCGCAGAGUGUGAGGAACUGAAGAAGGGCAGAGCAACUUAUACACUCUCACACACACAGCAGGCUGUGAGCUGGGAGCAGGGAUGGUAGCGGAGGAGAUUGUGGUCUCCCUCUCAGGAGGAGCCCCGUGGGGCUUCAGACUGCAGGGAGGAGCAGAGCAGCAAAACCCUCUACAGGUCGCCAAGGUACGCAGGCGCAGCAAAGCGUGCAGAGCUGGACUGAAGGAGCAUGACGAGCUGGUUGCCAUUGGCGACCAUAUGUGUGCAGAGCUCAGUCAUGCUCAGGCCAUGAGCCUCAUAGAUACACAGAGCGCCACACUCAACCUGAGGGUUAAAAGGGCCCCUUCUGGAUUCCACUCCUCAUCUUACCCUGGUCGCUCUGCAUCGCCCCGCUCCUCCAUGAGGGUCCUGUCUCCCACCGGGGCCCCUUAUCCCUCACACUGUUCCUCCAUCCUCUCCCCCACCGGGAUACCCAGGGGCAUUACUUCCCCUCCAGACAGUGAGGCUUACUAUGGAGAGACAGACAGUGACGCAGACACACAGUCACUCACGCACCGUCGCCAACGCCGCACACCUCCUCACGCACGCUCACCUGGGCGCUAUGACAACCAAGAAGAGGAGGAGACCUCAGAGAUGAGUGGGUAUGAGAGUGCCACAGAUGCAGGGGUUUCCAUGCAGGAGCAGUGGGAAGGUCAGUGUCUUCCUGGUGUCCCUCGCAGAGAGCUCAUCUACCAGCCCCUGCAGACCGAGUGGACCACUCCAGCACACACCCCUCACACUCUCACCCCUCACACACUAACACCGACCCCCGAUCAGGGGUUAGUGGAAGCAGAGGGAGAAGGGGACAGUGGCUUCCAGGAGGCGGGGGGCUUCAUUGGGCUGGCCUGCCCACCACUUGUGUCUCCUGAAAGGGCGAAAGAAGCUCUAAUGUUGGGCUCCAGUAAACAACUGGUGCCCAUGGUGGGACCACAGCAAACCCCUGUCAGCGACGAGCUCUCCACCACCUACAUGGACAAAGCACGGCAAGCCAAGUUGCAGCGUGGGGAGAGUUUGGUGGAGAAACAGGUGAAAGAAGCUCGUACUAAAUGUCGCUCUAUUGCAUCUUUGCUGACUGAUGCUCCGAACCCCAACUCGAAAGGGGUGCUUAUGUUCAAGAAACGCCGGCAGAGGGCCAAGAAGUACACACUUACCUGCUUCGGCAAAGCUGAGGGAGAUACAGGUGGGGAGACGGAAGGAGAGACUGGAGGGGAGACAGAGGAGGAAGGAGGAAGUUCUAUCCUAAGUGGCUCAGAAUUUGAUGAAGAGGGAUUUUCAGCAUCGUUUGACCCUACGUGGGAUACCGGUUAUUUAGACCUCCUUGACAGGAGAAGCUCUGCCUGCCCAUCAGCCACGCCAACUACUCCAACAACGCCAACCACCAAUCACAUCUCGGGGCUGGACAUCUCAGCCUAUCAGACUCCAGGACUUGUGACCUCUGUCAGUAAAAGCCCAGGGUUGGAGGUCUCAGGGCUGGAGAGCUCAGCCUAUCAGGGCUCAAGGCUGGAGAGUGGCAUCACAAAGCAGCCAAUCAGUAACCACCCUGCACACAUGUCUCCUCCAGCUGUGGCGCUGACCAAUGGGGGGUCAGUAGCUGUUAGUCGGGCUAGUGUUGUUCUGAGCCCGCCCUCUCAGAUGCCCCUUCCAAGUCAAAAUGGGCAACAUGGCAACCAAAAUCCUAGCCCAACCACAGACUCAGAUCAUCACCUGAAUGCCAACUUCAGUCCUAAUCCAGGUGUUCUGAACCGUACUGCACGCCCCUUCACCCCAGGCCCUACCCCUUCUCGUGCAUCUGUAACCUCUGUGAUGUUUCGCCCUCCCCAACCCAAACCCACAGCAGUGACCAUGGCAACCAAACCUGUGGCGGCCGUAUCCAUGAUGACUAUCCAACCUACUCGCCAUCCAUCAGGGCCAGAUGCAAGGAGAGCGGUGUCUAGCACCUCUCUGUACAUCCCUCCAAGAAAUAACAACAGCAAUACUCCCCCCUCUGUUAACUCUCUCCCCUCAGCUCGCUCACCUCCCUCCUCUCUGUCUUCUGUCUCCCAGCCUGCCACAAAUCCACCGACAUUUUCCCCUCAGCCCGCAGUGUAUGCUUCCCCCUCCACCCCGUUCUCUCCUUCUGCGGCUCAAAGUGAACUGGUCUAUCCAUCACCUGCUCAACCCUUCUCCCCUCCAGCUCCACAGCCAUUUCCCUCUCAUCCUGCUCCAACUUAUCCACCUCCCUCCACCUGCAUUUCUGCUUCUCCCAUCUCCCCACAACAUCCCCCUGAUCUUACUCAGGUCUCCUUCCAUGCCCAGCCCACCCUUCCUCCUCCUCCCACCCAACCUUCUCCAUCUCCAUCUGUCCAUCACCACAUCAACAUGACAGGUGCAGUGACUCCUGGCCCCCAUGCUGCCAUGGCAACUGCAUCACCUCCCCAGGCUCCUGCCGCCAAUUCGCUAGCCACACGUGAGCAGCGCAUCUCGGUCCCUGCCGCUCGCACUGGCAUCCUGCAUGAUGCCCGUCGUCGUAGCAACAAGAAACCAAUGUUCUGUGCAGUCCAGAAUAAAGUUGUUUCUCCCAACCCAGAUUUGAUGUCAAUGGUCCAGAACAUGGAUGACCACUUUGGGAGAACCCCAGGUGGGGAACCUGUAGCUGCACCCAGUGGGGAGACGGGACAUGAGUCAGGACCUGAGGAGGACUGGCUGAGGCUGGGAGCAGAGGCCUGCAACUUCUUGCAGGCUCAGAGGGGACCCAGGCCACCUCCUGUAGCUCCCAAACCGCAAGCCCCUCAGGUGCCUCAGCUGGCGGGGAAGGGAGGUCAGCUGUUUGCCCGCAGACAGAACAGGAUGGAUCGGUACAUUGUAGAGCGAGCUCCCUCUGUUGCUGCAGCACCUUACUCUCCCGCCCAGACGAGAGAGCCCUCACCCACACCUUCUCUCCCUGCCACCUGGAAAUACUCGUCCAACAUCCGUGCUCCUCCUCCCAUUAGCUACAACCCCCUUCUCUCUCCAUCGUGCCCUCUGAAGGCCCAGAAGAAGACUGAGGUGACAAAGUCUGGGCCAGCUAGAUCUAAAGGGCAGAAAGCGGGCAUCAAUUCUGUGGACAUUAUGAGCCACCAGCCCUACCAACUCAACUCUUCUCUGUUCAGCUAUGGGGGCGGGGUUCCCCAGGACACCUCCACCUGUCAGCAGCAGCAGCAGCAGCAGCAGCAGCAGCGAGGAAUGCCAAGUGGUCCUCAGAAGACAGCACGAGUGUAUGAGGUAAAGCGUUUCUCCACGCCCCCGCCGACAGCCACAGGGCCCGCCCUCAAAGUUAUUGUACCUCGAUCAGCUACGACACUCGGAGAACCACUGUGGCGCUCUGAUGUCACAUCUCCUCCACCCACAGUUGGCCCCACCCCCUACCAACCCUAUCAGCCUCAACCCCAACCUUACCAACCUCAGUGGGCUACCUCCCCUCUAUCUCCUCCACCUCCCCCCGCCCCUACUGCUCCACUCCCUCAGCUCCCCACCUUCUCCUCUGCUCCUGCUACAAAUCCAGUCCAGUCCCCUACUUUCUUCCACCUUCAGCCCCCCAACAGUGCGCAGGCCAACAGGCAGUUUAAGAGUGCCCCAGAGCUGAGUCCCCUGGGCCCCACUAGUGCCUCUCAGCCCGCAUCCAGCAGCUCUCAACCUACCAGGGUCCCCAGGCCCAGGUUUAGCACUUCCAAGCUAGGUCUGCAGCCUUGCAUCUGGCACCCUGGAUCCACUACACACUGAACAGACUCUGGUCUGGACAUAAUAAACCAUGGCUCUAUGGGAACAUUGAGCAACAUUUUCUAAUAAAGUCCAUGUGUUUUUAGUGUUAUAAUAUUGUUAUUCAGGGUUGCAGCUUUGGGUUUUAUCAGCCACGUUUUAUCACAAGAUCUUUUUGGAUUGGCCACCCAUGUAGCACAUUUUAUCACUGACAUUUAAUCUUGUUGACUCAUUUAUCCAAUGCAUUUGGUUAUAAUUAAAGGGAACACUGUGUUUUGCAAAGGAAAUGUAGUGUGGAAACCUGAGAAAAGUAAAAAAAAGGAGAUCAACGGCAGAUUGAAAAGACAGAAAGAGAUGCUGGGGAAAACUGAAAUAAGGGUCUGUAAAUAUUGUACUGAAUGAUCGAGAAUUAAGUUUAAACAUAAAAAAGAAGAAUUGAGGAUGUGAAAAGACAAGACUGUUGUGAGAGAGAUGUUGUCGAGGGUGGGAAAAGAUGAAAGGAAAAGCACAGGAGGCACUGAUGAAGUAAUAAACAUAUAAUAUAAUAGUAUAUAUAUAAUAAUAUAAUAUAACAAAAUAGAAACAAUGAUGUGGUGUAAAAGGUGCAUAUUUGACUUUAACUUCCCAAUCUGUAAACACCCUACAGUACCUGUUGCCAUCCAGCAAUAUCAUAUUAGAAAAGUUGCUUACUAACAAAUUUAAAGUAGCUACUACCACUGUAUUUCCCCCUCUGUUAUAGAUAUUCUGGGGAUUUGUGUUUGAUGAUUCUGAGUGUCUUUUUUUAGUUGCACUCUGCAGCGGUGUGUGCUUUGUUUUCUGUAGUUUUUCAUAGGUCAAAGAUUACAGCUGCCAUGAAGAAGGGAAGCCUUUUACAGUAGACUUGAUUUCUGAUCUGUUGAUAUGAAACAGGAGAGGUAUAACAUGUCUGUUUAGCUGUGAUUCUUUUCCACAGAGACAUGCGGCUGAAUAAAAAUAGACAUGACUCAC